GGAAAGGGAUAACCGGAAGCAUCGAUAGGGCGAUUUGGUUGAAGGCAAAAAGAGUCGGUGGCCGUAGUCCGUCAAUGUAGCUACGAAUUUUGCGUUUGUACUGAUUGAGGCCGUAAAUAUAUAUUUCGAACCUUUCGACAAAAGAGUUGGUAGAAGUGUAGGCCUGAAGAAAUUGCAUAUUUUGCAUAGAAAACGUCAACCGAAAGGAGGCUGGUUAUGGACGUUUGAAGAGGGGAGCAGCUACAGACCCAGAUAGCUAAACAAAUGUAAACAACCACUGGAUCAGCUGUGCAGACGGCGAACGGGGACGAAUCAGAAAGACGCAAAGAUGACAGCGAAAGCUACGUUUUAUUAACAAUAGUUUAUGAUUUAUGGAGUUAGUAUAUGUCUAUAAGUAGCUCUACAUAUAAAUCUUAACCGCCAGGGACAAUUUGUUGCAAAGACACCUCCCUACCAGCGAGCUAACUAUUGCUUCCUAGGAGCUAACGUCAAUAGCAAGAUAGGUAGCUAACGACGUUAAUGAACAAGCUGAAUGCGUUUUAGUCAGUUAUUCUUGUGGCACCAUUUUAAGAUCUGUUGUGUAUUUAGGUUACUACCUGUAGAUUCGAAAAUUGUACUAAAAGUUUAUUUGAAGUGCACCAUUUGCCCCAGGAUCGGAAUAUCUGGCAGCUAGCUGAAUAAACCCCAGUUGACGUUGUUUGCUUUUGGUCAAAAUAAAUACUCUCAGUUUGACCGUGAACUGAAGACAAAAGCUUUGCGUUUGAUUACGCGAGGAAUUCCAUCUAGAUUUUUCUGUUUUUCAAUCACAAAUCUUAAUUUACCCAAUCAGGGGUUAUCAUAAAUCAGCAAGUGAAGACAGGCAGAAGGAUUGUCAUGGCACACCAGCAGAUGCCCAGCUCUCAGAAGGCCCUGAUGCUGGAAUUAAAGUCCCUCCAGGAGGAGCCAGUGGAGGGCUUCCGCAUCACUCUUGUGGAGGAGUCUGACCUCUACAACUGGGAGGUUGCCAUCUUUGGUCCCCCCAACACACUGUAUGAAGGGGGUUACUUUAAGGCCCACAUCAAAUUCCCCAUUGAUUACCCUUACUCCCCUCCCACGUUCCGCUUUCUCACCAAGAUGUGGCACCCAAAUAUCUAUGAGAAUGGUGACGUGUGCAUCUCCAUCCUCCAUCCACCCGUGGAUGACCCCCAGAGUGGAGAGCUGCCUUCUGAGAGGUGGAACCCCACACAGAAUGUCAGAACCAUCCUCCUCAGUGUGAUCUCUCUUCUGAAUGAGCCCAACACGUUCUCCCCAGCCAAUGUGGACGCCUCUGUCAUGUUCCGCAAAUGGAGAGACAGCAAGGGCAAAGAUAAGGAGUAUGCAGAGAUCAUCAGGAAACAGGUGCUGUCCACCAAAGCGGAGGCCGAGCGUGAUGGGGUGAAGGUGCCAACCACACUGGCCGAGUACUGCAUCCAGACCAAAGUGCCUUCCCAUGACAGCAGCUCUGACCUGCUCUACGAUGACCUCUACGACGACGAUAUCCAGGAGGAGGAUGACGACGAGGAAGAGGCAGAGGCAGGCGGCAUGGGCAGCGAGAUGGGUGCGGACUGCUUCGAUGAUGAGGACGACUCGGGCAACGAGGAGUCCUGAUGAUCCAGCCUCUCUCCACCCCCCCCCCCCCCCCACUUACCAUCCCCUCUGCACCCACCCACUCAUAUACACUCACACUCACAUACACCCACACACACACACACUUCAUACCCACACAUUUCACGCCCACACCCACAUACCAUUUAAACAAAAAACUUUUCCCCCUUAAGUUCUAUGUUUGUCUGUGUGUCCACGUUUUUGAGUUGGUCUUCAAUAGGAAUUCCUGUGGUGGUUGAUUCCUCUUUCUGUUUUUUGUCAAUCCUUUUCAUACACUCUUCAGUUACUCCUUUGUGUUCUACCAGUUGCCCCUAGAGGAAUGUGCUUCAGGGCUUCUGGUCUCUGAUACCGUUUGGAUAAGGAGUUUGGAGAGAGAGCAUCGUCUCCAUGUAGUCCUCACCAUUUAUUAGAUGGCUUUAUAGAGAGCGUUUUGGCACUUUUCUUGUCCAGGCGUCCCUUCAUGCUACCCCAACCUCUACUCCUCAGGGCUUUUGGGUAUCUGCUGAUGCUUCACCCUCGCCCCAUGGUAUGUCAGCUGCCACCCUCGUCUCUCUCACAUUGAUCCCGUUUUUGCCGCAUUUAUUUAGGGUUUUGUUUUUGUUCCCCCCCCCCCCCCGCUCUCUGUCUCCUAGCUCCAUUCUCUCUGUCUUUGCUGUCUGCCCUCAGAGCAUCUUGCCUGCGUGUGCUGAAAUGAAUGAUGCAAAACGAUGGGGGAAAAAAGACAACCGUGAGUGAUGUAUGAGUGGAUGUCACUGGUGUCUGCUCUUGUCUGCCCUUCCUUGGCCCUCUCUGGCUCUCUCAGGCUCCUCAGUCUCCUUCACAGCAUAGAGCUUUAAGUGUUCCCAUCCCUCCACCCCAUGUAUCCUGGUUGUGGCAUUUACUCACGUCUCUCAUUUCAUGUCAAAUGACACAAAUGAGGUAAGUCUCCCUGCCAAGGAAGAGACCGAGGACAUGCUAACAGACAAACAAGGAAGAAGGAUGUCUUCUGUUUUUUUGUUGUUGUUGUUGUUGUUGUUUUUUGUCUGUAUCAAGACCUCACAAGCGCAGUGUCUUGAUUUGGACUUCUCUCUUUAAUGAGAAGCUGGAACUGAGGAUGUACCUCUCCUUAACUGAUGUAGAUUGAGCUGACUGCCUUUGAGCUACUUGUUCUUUGAGCCAGACACAUUUUCACCCUAAGCAAAAUGGAGUUGAUUUUGUUUUUCCUCUUGGUUUUUUGCGGUUGUUGGAGAUGCCCCAUAGUCAUUAGUGCAACUGCUCACAGGUGCUGCAAUGUUUUACUCUGAAAAAAAAAAAAAAAAAAAACACUUGCCCUGACGACACGCAAGCACACUGGCUACUUGAACGCAAGACUCAUAAGAAUUCAGCAAGCCACAGACGUGCUUAGAGACGAUUGUCUCUUUUGAUAGCCUUGCUACAUGACAGGGCUGACAUCACAACGUCUUCUGAGUGUGUCACAAGCUACACAUGGCCUCAGAGGACCAGACAGAACAGGACAGAGGUGCUUUCUGUGAUCUCAUUGGUCAGGGGAAGUCUUCUGCUCCCCUCGGUCAACUUAACAUUUGAUUCUUUUCCUUUGUGUUUUUUUCCCUUCUUUUUUUUGGUUUGUUUGUUUUAUAUCAAUAUUUUAAUGAAAGCUGAAUUUGUUUUUCUGCCGCUUUGGGUCACAUACCUCUUCCUUUCAAUAUCCAAGGACAGAUUAAGGCAUUUGGGGGUGAGAUGUUGGACUCCACAAAUCCUAAACCCCUCCACAGUGUGGCUUGCGGAGGGCCUGUCAUUAAACCCAGCUUUCUGAAUAGUCAAUCACCUGAGGUAGGUUGGAGACAGUUUGCCUCAAGAGCAUGCGAGUGCAUUGGGGUGUGAGUGUGUAUGUGAAUUUUGAUUGGUUUGUUUAACAUGUGACUCACCAAACCUGGACUGUUGGUGACACUCCUCUUGACAACAGGGCAAGAAACAAUGGACAACAACUGAUGGGGCACAAAAAAAUGCCCCAUUUUUUGCCCUCUAACCAGCUGUAACUCUGAAUACAAAAAAAAAAAAAAAAAAAAAAUCACCGGACACUGCUGGGCCCUUUUCCUGGAUUUGUCUGCAACAGACCUCAGGAUUGGCUUCAGAGGAAUUGAUCUGCUACAGUCGCACAUCAGACACCAUCUUGUAAGAGCAGAAGAAAACAAAGUGGCUCAGGCCGAUAUGCUGAUUCUUCUUUGCACCAGGAGAAAGAAGAGUGAAGCUUCGGACUUCUGAAAUUUCUGAGAUGGAGCCUCUCCCUCCAGCCUUACAGACUGAAUGUCCAUUUGGAAAGAUCACCCUAAGAAGUGUUGUGAAAAAAAGUGGUCUACAGUGGCUUUGUUUUAUUUUCUGAAGAUUCUCUUAUUUGUGUGUGUGUGUGUGUGUGUGUGUGAGAGAGAGAGAGAGAAAGAGUUGUUGAUAAGGUCUCCACAUUAUUGCUCUGAGGACCUAUCUAAGUUACUGAUGAUGAUGAACUGAAGAACUUGUCUUUCAACUCCAAAAGCUGUGGUCACAGGAAGAGCAACUGAAUGAAUGGAGUGAAUGUGUCCUUGUUUGUCUUCAGUUUCCUUUAGUUUUCUUUUCAUUAUGUAGUCUUGUCGGAGAUUAAGACAAUGCUGAAAGGAAAAAAAGAAACACUUUAAAGAAUGCAAAUCACCUCUGCAAAAAAGGUUGUCUGAAAGGAAAGAAUUGAAUAAGUAUUGGACAGCUGUGAUUUCCUUGGAUUCCUAAGGUUACAUGAGUUUUGGGGUGUGUGUAUGGUGUGCCCUGUAGGCAAUGGCACAUUCAGACUGCUUGUUAGAUCACUGAUAAUGUUCUUUUUCUGUUCAUGUGUGUAUGUAUCGGGGAGGCACCCCAAAUUUGCGAUUAAAUCUUAAGGCCACA